AUGUCAUGCCCCUUUCCUAGGCGGGAUCAGGACAUCAAACAUGCAGCCGACAAAAGCGAACGCUCAGCAGUUACCGGGCCUCUAGCUUCGACAUCGUAUAGAGUCCUUACUUCCAGGGACGGGGGCUACCUCUCCGCCGGAGUCCAGCAGCUCGAACUGGUCGGGAGCCCCGCCGGACCCCGGUGGAGAAGCUCACUCAAGAAGAGAGAUUGUCGAACACCAGGCUCUGUAAAUGAGCAGGCCAACGUAUUCGAGCUCUCCCGGCGGUAUGUAGCUCGGGACGCCCAGGUCCAGGGGCUGGAUGAUGCUCCCAACUUGGCGGUCGCAUCCGGCCUCAUAGAAACGCUGGGAGGUCUAGGCGCUACUCGACAACGACGACGAGGACACAGAAGAUGA